ACUGACUCCAAGUGAGAGCAAACCGUAGAUGGAUAAAGAGUGACUCUAUCAAAGGACACGAGAACAAAGAAGUUUCAGUCAGCUUCGCCAAGUGAUCGCCUUGACGCUUGGAGAACAAGAAGCUCUGUAGGAAUCGCUGUAGAUGAUGGAGUGGUAUGUUUUGGUGUUGAUGCUGAGCUUGCCAAGCUUGAGUCAGGCAGAUUGUUCAGAGCAAUGCAUGAGAUGCGCGCAACAGAUCUCCGACCUGGACUCUGCAGUGAACCGCUUGACUUGCACUUUAGAAUGUGAAGGAGCCGUGCCAUCUACAAGUACAUCAGACAGAUGUGAGAAGGCUUUACGGGAGCUCUCAGACGAAUUCGCGGAGCUCAACGGAGAGCGAAACGCGUUAAACGCGGAGGAUCUCCAAGAGAAGUCGUCCAACCUGGUCAAACGAUACGGGGGCUUCAUCAAGAGAAUCGAUAAGAAUAAAAAUAAGUUUUUCGCCUCGCCAUGGAAGGAGAACGCCAUACUUAAAGGACUGUUUGCGAAGAAACACGGAGAGUCGCUGUCGAAACUUGGCGAGCGAGGCGUCCCGUCGAUCACGGAAGACGACGAGGGCGAAGACGUAACGGGAGUUUAUGAUACCGACGUUCCUUUAAACGAAGCCAAACGCUACGGCGGGUUUCUCCGCAAAUUCGGGCCCAAGAUAAGCAACUUUGUGGAUAACACCAGCCCGCAGGUGUUGCAGAAGAGAUACGGCGGGUUUAUGCGAAGAAUCCGCCCGAAGUUGAGGUGGGACAAACAAAAGCGAUACGGUGGGUUUUUACGCCGUCACUUUAAAAUCGCCGUGCGCUCUGACGAAGAGCCCUUAUCGUACGAGGACUAUGCUUUAUAAGCUAUUGUAUCAUAGAUAACCCAAACAGAACUCAUUAAGCCAACUCAUUUCAGUCCCUCCCUAUAUGUGAUGAUCUUACACGUGUUGAGGCUGUUUUACCUUCCCAAAUGGCUGCUGACCUCUGGACACCAUCAACCUGUCAAUCAGGACGUUUCAGUGACUGACCACUUGUUGUUUAACUUUAGCCCCAUGUAAGCAAUCAGUAUACCUCCUGCAGAUAAUGCUUGUUUAAGAAUGACCAAUAAAGGGCAAGAACUUCACCUGUUAAAA